AUGAGUGACGUGGGGUAUACGAAAGAGCAAGAGGUUCUUACGCAAACGAUUGUGGGUAAAAACAACCAUGCAUUCUACGAACUUCUUUCCAUUGAACGCACAGCGUCCGAUAUCGAAAUUAAGAAAGCGUAUCGAAAACUCGCAGUAAAAUUGCAUCCAGAUAAGAAUAAGCAUCCACGAGCAAGUGAAGCGUUCAAACGCAUAAACCGGGCUUUUGAAGUUUUGAGUGAUACUUCAAAAAGGCGUAUUUUCGAUCAGAUAGGCAGGGACCCAGACGAAAGAGGUUCACGCGAUCCGUCGAGCAGCGGAUCUUCCUCUGCGUUUUCACCAGAUGGUAUGUUCUUCCGAAGACCACACCAAACUGGUCCUCCUCCCGAUAUUUUUGAUUUUCUGUUCAACUCGCGAGCCGCAGGCGGCGGACAUCCUUUCAAUAGUGCCUUCGGAGGAGGUCCAUUUGGUGGUGGUGGUGGACCCUUUGAUGGACCUUUCGGUGGACCUUUUGGUGGGAAUGGUGGAACUACAUUCACUUUUGGCGGACCCAAUGGGUUCAGAGUCUAUACAAAUGGUGGGCCAAGAACUCGUGCGUCGCCUAGGAGCGCUCAGGAUGCCCAGCAGCAGCAACAGGAGGAACAACGCGAGGCGCAGCAAAUCAUGAGAAUACUAAUACCGAUCUUGGUGAUUCUGUUUUUGCCCAUGUUGGAGAGAUUGCUCUUUGGUGCUUAG